AUGGAGGAAACGAAGAAUGCCACCGUAACAGUCCAUCGUAAGCUGACAUCAUCAACGUUGUUCCGAGUAUUACCGGUGACACUUUAUGGAAGCAAAGGAAAAGUUGACACGUUCGCCUUUCUAGAUGACGGAUCCUCGGUAACCAUGGUGGACCAAUCGACUGCAGAGGCGCUUGGACUUGAAGGAAAACCAGAAACCUUGUGCAUCAAUUGGACCGGAGGAAUACAAAAAAAACUGUGUGCGCAGCAAGUGGCGAUAGAUGUUUCAGCGGUCGGCAGCGACAAACGGUUUAAAGCAUCUGAAGUGUACGUGGUCGAGAACUUAGGAUUACCCGAGCAAACAAUCGAGUUUCAGGAAAUGGAAAAGCAUUUCGCCUACCUCAAGGGAUUACCGCUGCGUGAAGGACGAGUAGGUGAACCAAUAGCCACGAAAACCCACAUUGGAUGGACUGUAUACGGAAGCUUACGUGGGGGAGUCGAUCAACUCCCGCACCGUCAAAUGCACAUCAAUGCGACUCCUACUGAUGAUGAUCUGCACUCGUACGUCCAAGAUUUCUUCGCAUUAGAAAGUCUGGGGAUUUCUGUAGCACAAGUAACAGAUACAAUAGAAGAUCAAAGAGCCCGCAAGAUCUUAGAGGAAACGACAAGGCGUACCGACAGCGGAAGGUUUCAAACGGGUUUGCUUUGGAAAAACUACUGUGUCCAAUUUCCGGAUAGCGAACCGAUGGCUAGAAAACGAUUCACGUGUCUAGAGAAGCGACUUAGUAGAGAUCCAGAACUGUACAAUACAGUUCAUCAACAGAUAGCGGAGAUGCAGGCAAAGGGCUAUACCCAUAAAGCAACUGCUCAAGAGUUGGCAGAGUUCGAGCGCCAACGGUCUUGGUAUCUGCCACUGGGAGUGGUACUACAUCCUAAUAAGCCAGGAAAAGUGAGGCUUAUCUGGGACGCGGCCGCCAAGGUUCAGGGAGUGUCACUGAAUACGGAGUUAUUGAGCGGCCCGGAUCUACUAGCGCCACUGUUGGGAGUAAUGUUCGGAUUCCGCGAGAGACAGGUGGCUAUAUGCGCGGAUAUCAUGGAAAUGUUCCAUCAAAUAGUGAUUCGAAAGGAAGAUCGCCCCGCACAGCUGUACAAGUGGAGGGACUCGCCGAAUUUGCCGAUGGAAACCAUGGUGAUGGACGUUGCAAUUUUCGGCGCAACUUGUUCCCCGGCCCUUUCGCAGUUCGUGAAGAACAAGAACGCCGACGAACACAAGGAAACACACCCUAGAGCAGCCGAAGUUAUAAAAAAGAAACACUAUGUCGACGAUUAUCUCGAUAGUCUCGAUACAGCGCAAGAAGCCGUGGAGUUAACUCUAGAAGUGGCAAAGGUUCAUGCUGCUGGAGGUUUUUUCAUUCGAAACUGGAUCUCGAAUGAUCACUCAGUACUGAAGCGAAUCGGAGAGACGAAUCCCAAAACAGUGAAAAGUUUCGUUGGAGAGGGUCAAUCUGAACGUCUGCUGGGAAUCGCCUGGCUACCAGAAGCGGAUAUUUUCACCUUCACACUCAAUUUUCGCCACGAUAUACGAGCUUUGAUCGAAAACGUACUGGUACCGACCAAACGCGAAAUGCUACGAGUAGUGAUGAGCGUUUAUGACCCGCUUGGACUUGUAUCGGCAUUCGUCAUUCAUGGGAAGAUCCUCAUCCAAGACGUCUGGAGAACCGGAAUCGACUGGGAUCACAAAGUUCCUCAAGACGUGUUUAGUCGAUGGAAGCUAUGGUUGGAGAUUCUGCUGAAGAUGGGUGACGUUAGCAUUCCUCGGUGCUAUUUCCCAGGGUACGAUCCAAUCAGCUACCGCUCCCUACAGUUGCACAUAUUUGUAGAUGCGAGCGAACAGGCAUUUGCCGCCUGUGCAUACUUCCGUAUCGUCGACAAAGGAAGGAUUCGUUGCUGUUUGGUUGCAUCGAAAACAAAGGUAGCGCCGCUCAAGCCAUUAUCGAUCCCUCGUCUAGAACUGAUGGCAGCGGUAAUAGGAGCACGGUUGAAGAAGACAAUCAUCGAGAAUCAUUCGCUGGAAAUUCAACAGACGUUUCUUCAUAGUGAUGCCGGAACCGUCCUUUCGUGGAUCCGGUCGGAUCCGCGCCGUUAUCGACAGUUCGUGGCGUUCCGCAUUAGUGAAAUUCUGAGCUUUUCAACGGCGGAAGAAUGGCGUUGGGUCCCAACGAAGAUCAACGUUGCUGAUGAGGCCACCAAGUGGGGAAGGGGUCCUUCAUUCGAACCAGAUAGCAGAAUCAUGAAAGGACCACUGUUUCUGUACGACGAUGAACAAGAAUGGCCCAAGGAUUGUCGAGGCGAAUCUGACACCUAUCCGGAUGAAGUAGCCACGCUGAAGUACAACAUUCAAACCGUCAACAACCCGAAGAGGCUGGAGAAGAGAAGUCCACUUGCGAAACUGUCGCCGGUAAUGGAUGAUGAUGGAGUUCUUCGUAUAGAUGGCCGAACUGCUCACAGUGAAUACGUAUCCCACGAUGCGAAGUAUCCGAUUAUUCUCGCGAAGCAACACGCCGUAACAGCACUACUGCUAGACUGGUAUCAUCGCAGAUUUCGCCAUGCCAAUAACGAGACUGUAGUCAACGAGGUUGAGAAAUCAAGUUCGAGCAGCGAGGAAGCGAUGUAUGUGGUGCAAGGUGUAUAA